CAUUCUGCCCCCCCCCGGAGGUUCUAGGUGAUGCAAUGGCCCCUCUCAGAACCCACCUCAGUCCCCUGGCGGAGGAGCCCAUUGGCCCUCAGCGCCCAGCCUGUCCCUGGCACCUGCCACUGCCCAGACCCUCCUCCGGCUCACACCCUCCACAGCCAGACAUCUACACCCUUGCCUCAAAAGAAGAGCAUGGCUAGAAGGUUCGGGGUGGUGGUGGCGGUGGCAGUGGAGCAGUGAGGCCUGACCCUAGCAAGGCCCUGUGGCCACCGAAGGAAAGGUGCCCUUGGCCCACCUCUCCCACACCGGCUCAGCCGAGCAACUGGGUGUCACAGACGUUUCUGUGAGGUCGCAGCUGCCCUCUUCCCCCAGGCCCUGCCCUGGCCCCACAGUCCAAGGCCACGAGGGUGGGGCAGGCCAGGGCAACUCCUCCCUGAACCCCCUGCCGCCCUUCCCUCUUCGCAGGCAAGGGCCUGAAGGGAGGGGGCCGGCAUGACAACGGGAAGGCCCCUCGCCAUGGGAACCUGAGGAGCCCCCCCCUCUCUCCCUAGAAGGGAGCAUGGAGCACUACGAGACCCUGCUCAGCAUCGGCCGGGGCGCCAGCGCAGAGGUGUUCCUCGUGAGGGACGUGAGAACCCAGCAGCUCUUUGCUGUGAAGAAGGUCAAGACCAUCCCCAGCAAACGGCUGCGGAGCAAGGAAGCCGUGCUGAGGGAGGUGGCCAUCCUGAGGCAGCUCAAGCACCCCCACGUGGUGGCCUGCCACGGCUACUUUGUGGACCCGGACGGAAGCCACGUCUUCAUCCUCCAGGACUACUGUGCCGGCGGGUCCCUGGACGAGCACCUCCGGGCCAGGAGAGGGGGGCCCUUGGCCGAGAGCACCGUCAUGAGGUGGUUCGUGCAGCUGGCCACGGCGGUCCACUACAUCCACGCCCUGAAGAUCCUCCACCGAGACAUCAAGUCGUCCAACGUCUUCCUGACGCGGACCCGGAUCCUGAAACUGGGGGACUUUGGGAUGUCCAAGGUCUUGGAGGACACCCUGGCCAGCACCUUCGUGGGCACCCCUUAUUACCUGAGCCCCGAGCUGUGCGAGGACCUGCCUUACGGCCCCAAGGCCGACAUCUGGGCCCUGGGCUGCGUCCUCUUUGAGAUGUGUGCCCGGCAGCCCCCCUUCCAGUCCCUCAGCCUGCGGGGCUUGUUCGACAAAAUCGUGAGAGGGGACCACGGCCCCGUGCCGGCCUGCUACUCGCCCCCCCUGCACCGCUUGAUCCGAGCCCUCUUGGAGAAGGCGCCCAGCCGCAGGCCCUGUGCCACAGCCCUCCUUGCGCUCCCCUACGUCCAGGGCCACCUCCGUCUCUUCCUUCGCCAGCAGGAAGCCGAGCUGGGGAGGAAGCCCCCGCCGGAGGCGUUCGACGAGGGAGACGACGGUGGGCUCAGACAGGCUGGGCGGCCCCCAAAGAGCCCCCCAGGCGGUGCAGGCCCGGCAGCCUCGGCUCUGGCCUCCCCAUCUCUCGAUCCGCAGCCACCGCUGCCCAAUGACCGUGAACAGGAGGAUGGCUGGAGCCUCUCCAGCAGCGGUUCCCAUUACUCGGCUGACGCUGAAGACAGCAGCCCUUCUUCCUGUGCCACCUGCAGCUCCGAGGAAGGCGGACCCCUCAAGGGGGAGACGGCCACGGAGGCGCUGAGGACCCUGACAGCAUCUGAGAAUGACUGGGAACUGACCAAUGACCCCGACGAUUUUGAGGACUCAGAGGGGACUCUGGAAGAAGCAGAGGAGGACUGCGAAUGCGCCAUGCGGGCAGCGCAGGAUGGGGGGCCUCCCUCUCUUCUGAGUGCCCUGCAGGAGUGUCCAGAUGACGCCUCUGGCUGGAGCGAGGGCCACGGCAGCUUCAUAUCCAAGGAUUCCCGGCCCCUCCCGGAACAGGGAUGGUGUUCAGAUGAUUCUGGGCAGCUGGAAGAUUUCAACUCACUCCAUCAGCUGUGCCUGGAAAGCAGCGAGGGCGAACUCGGAUAUGACACAAUAGCAACGUAAUUACUGUGGCUGCGAGAAAGCCGACCACUUUGCCUGGAUGGCCCCUGCAGCCGGCUGCGGGAGGUUGAAGGGAAGGGGCAGGGGGGGUGCUCUCCUGGCUCAACAGGCCCUGAUGACCACCCUGGCCAGAGCACCCUCAGGGGAAGGGCUUCUCACUGCCCAAACGCCAGCGGAAGGAGCACUUCCCCUGCUCUCCUACUACUGUGACACCUAGCAGCCAGCGCUGCUACUCUUCUCCCCUCAACAAAACGGAGAGCGAGAGCCCACCUGAGGGGGCUACCAGAGAGGCAUGUGGUCCAUGUAACUAGGAAGACCAGCCAACAAAUGACUACCGCCUGUUACACCGAUGUUAGCCAACACUGGCUCAUGCCUCCUUCUCAAAUUGAUUUUGACACAUCCUCCCCAACCUCCUUCGUCCAGUCUGAAAACAAGCAAGCUUAACGUGUUCCCACAGCCAUUUCUUUCACAAAUAAAAAGGAGAAAGAGUCUGAUCACUUAAUGCACUAGUGGCCAUCGUCCAAAUAAGAAAGGUAAAAAGCUCUUUGUGAGAGGCGGGAAGCUAAGGGUAAGAGGGAGGGAACAGGAAACCAACACUACCGUCAGAAAUACUUCUCUAGUUCAGAUGGCUGAGCAGCUGCGAAGGGGAAGAAGAGAGGAGAUGGCGGCUGCAGCUCCAUGGCCUGUUCUGGGCAGAAUUGCAACAGCCCAACUCCUGAGGUCCUGCAGCAUCCCCGGACUUCAGGUCAAUACCAGCUGCCACCCAGUUACCAGGCGAGGGGUGCGUAUGUCUGUGUGUGUCUGUGUGAAAGGCCAUUGCCUGUCUAACCUGAACUCCAGACUUUUGCAUCAACGUCUAUCUCCACAAAGCAACAGCGCACACAAAUUCUUGGUUAGUCUUAAAACAGCAACAAAGUGCCAGGCCCUGCAAAGCAGGGGACAGGAACCCUCCCCCUUAAUGCCAAGCCUCAGUAUUUCCAAGUGG